UUUCUUGUGUUGGAAUAUACCAUGGGAGGGGAUCUGGGUCGGGUUGUCAUAUAGGAACAGAGACAAGACUGAAGCUGUUCAUCAGCAACGGCUCUACAUCGACACACCUUAACCUGUUGUAAGGAACAUGUCCAAAACAAAAGGUUCACGGGUGGACGUGGGAGAGGCUAAGAAGAAGAAAUGUGAUCAGAAAACAGUUGAAGAUCCAGAAGACGUUACCAUUUUGCUCAUUGGCAAAACUGGAACUGGCAAAAGCUCUGUGGGAAACAUCAUUAUGAACGCUAAUCAUUUUGAAGUUGGCAAGAAUACACUGGGGUGCGAGAAGAAAAGACAUCCCCUGCCUGAUGGCCGUAGAUUGGCAGUGAUCGAUACUCCAGGUCUGUUUCACACCAAACUGACAGCUGAGGAGAUGAAGACACAGCUGACUAGGUGUGUCUCACUGUGUGCUCCUGGUCCUCAUGUGUUCCUGAUUGUGAUCGAGCCAAAACGUUUCUCAAGAGAAGACAAAGAGAUGAUGAAAAUGAUCAAGAGGAUGUUUGGAGAUGGAGCAGCUAAAUAUACCAUGGCCUUGUUCAGUCAUGGAGAUGAAAUGGAGAGAGAUGGAGUCUCAGUAGAAAGAGCUGUGUAUUUCAACCCAUCUUUCAAUGAUUUUCUCAGCAAAUGUAAAGGAGGUUUUCAUGUUUUUAACAACAACAAAGAGAACAGGAAUCAAGUUAAUGAGCUGGUGGGGAAGAUUGACAAUAUGGUUCAGAGAAAUGGAGGCAGGUGCUACACAAAUGAUAUGUUCAGAGAAGCCCAAAGAGCCAUUAGUCGGGAGAUUUCUCAGGCUGGAGUAAAUAGAGAGACAGCAGAGAGAAACAACUCGUUUAUUCGAGCUGUUGAGCGAGCUGCUGCAGUUGCAGCCGCUGCUGAAGCUGCUGCUGAAGCUGCAGCCGAGGCCGCUGUUGCAGCUACUGCUGAAGCUAUAGCUGCAGCAGCGGCUGAAGCUAUUGUUGAAGCUGCUGUUGGAGUGGCAGAUGUUGUGAGUACAGUCACAGCAGUGAGAGAAGAUGGAUGCGUAACUCAGUGAUAAUCAUCCGAUUAGAAAUAGUUGCAAGUAACCACAAUGAUAGUGAAUGGGCUUGUAAGCUGUUAGUGAAUAGUAAUUAUUAAUAACAUAACUGAUAAAACACUUUUAAUAUAACCUUUAACAUUAAAAUACAACAUGUGAUUUGUGAUUUAAAGACAAUGAUUAACAUUGUCUUGGUUUGUGAUCUGCAUAUUUAAUCUAAGAGAAUACAUUUGUUUCAUUGUUCAUUUAUUUAUUUUAGUUUGUUGUCAACAAUAAAUUCAAAAGAUGAUUUUUAUUAACUAAUAUCUACAAAGUGAUUUGGAAUAUAUGGCAUGUUCUUUACUUUGUGUUCAUAAUAAAUAUUUAAACACUUUA